AUCACGGCAGCAAAAUUGAUCUGGAGUUGCAUCAACGAGCCGCCGCCGCCGGCCACUUUAUGAGAGCCGGCGGCAACAUGUGCGACGGCUCUUUCACAGAAACCCUGCGUAGUAUGCAAGGGAUGACGGGAACGUCACCACCGGGUAGUGCCGGUGUCAGUCACAUGGGGGUCGGCCUCAUGGGGGGGAGCAGUCCGCUCGGCUCAGCAGGCAAGAAGGUGCCAGUGGAACACAUCAAACGGCCAAUGAACGCUUUCAUGGUUUGGUCGCGGCUACAGCGGCGGAAGAUUGCACAAGAGAAUCCGAAAAUGCACAAUAGCGAAAUCUCCAAGCGACUAGGAGCAGAAUGGAAGCUCCUGACGGAGGAUGAAAAGCGCCCGUUCAUCGAUCAGGCGAAGAGGUUACGUGCACAACACAUGAAAGAACAUCCUGAUUAUAAAUACAGACCACGAAGGAAACCCAAAACUUUGCGAAAAGAAGGUUAUCCUUACAGCAUUCCGUACCCAAGUGUUCCCAUGGACGCUCUUCGAGCAGGAAUGGCCGGUAGCAUGGGACAGGCUGCAAUGGGCUCCUAUUACACCCCCGCCGCGGCCUACGGCUCGCUCUCAGCGGCUAGCAUGGCCGUAGCAGCGGCACAACAAUCAGCUGGUCUCGCCAUGUCUACGUUAUCUUCACCCGCUCGAAUAGUCACGAUGGACGCCAUGAAGUACUCUAUGGAGACUGAUAAAUAUCGCGCUGCUUAUAUGCCGCCCAGCACUCUAGCAAUGAGCAUGUAUCCAGAUCCUAAAUACUUGGAUUCUUCCAAUCCUAAGACUUAUCUGGACCGUACAUACUUAGACGCGAAGGCAUACUUCGAGCAGUCGAAGCUAUACAUGGAUCAGAAACCUGCUAUUGGAGAAUACAAUCGGCCCAGCUACGAGCCCAACAAACUCUACGAGGAGUCCAGCCCAAACAGUGUCGUCGGCGGAAACGGACCCACAAGAUCACCGCCCGCGGAAUCGCCAGACACAAGCAAGCAACACGAAAGGACAGAACAAGGCUCGUCCAGCGCGAGUUCGACAUCGACAUCAUCGGCUGCGAGUCCCGGCGCGAAUUUGCCGUCAACGUAUUAUCCCGCAUCAGUUCAAGCUAGCGGUCUGCUGACUCCGCAAAUGGCUCAAGCAUACGGUGGAUAUCAAAUGGCACCAACAUCGGGAAGCGAAUCCUUUCGGCGACCGUUGGUCAUCUUGUGA